AUGUCUACAGGCGAUAAUUAUGAAGAUAAACAUACAGAAGAGUUUUUUAAAGAAAUCGAGAAUGAUAAAAAGCAAUAUUAUGAAAAAUGCAGUGUGAUCGAUGCAUUUGACGGUCUAUUUAAUUGCUAUAGAGUGAAAGAACAAGCAAAGCAUUAUUAUCGUUAUGGAACAAGGAAGGAUUGUGAGGCUAAAUGGGAUUUUCUUUCUCUUUGUUUUUCAACCAAGUUAAAAUCUGCCGAACAAGCUGAUGCUAUGCUAAAGGCAUAUAGACAAGCUGAAGAAGAAAAGAAAGUAGGUAGACCCAGCUCGGAAGAUAUUUGGGAACGUAGAAUAUAG